GCAUGCGCAUAGAGAUCCUUUCGGCACACACACGUGAACACACACGUGAAGACGGUGUGUAAAAAGAAGAAGGGGAAGAAAUCCUUUGGAAUCGCAGUAGAAGAGGAACGCCACCCGAUCCACUAGUCGUAGGACGGUCUAGAUAUGCCCACUAAGAAAGAGACGCGGAAGGGCGGCAAGUCCAAGAAGACGCAGCUGCGUUUCUCCAUCAACUGCGCAACUCCAGUGGAAGAUGAGAUAAUGGAUGCCGGAGCUUUCGAGGAGUUUCUGAAAGGUCGUAUCAAGGUCAGCGGGAAGACUGGUAACCUUGGUGACGACAUAACACUCAACCGUGAGAAGAACGUCAUCUCGGUCGUGUCUGGAAUCCCGCUCUCCAAGAGAUAUCUGAAAUACCUGACCAAGAAGUUCCUUAAGAAGAACAACCUAAGAGACUACAUCAGAGUGGUGGCCGAUACCAAGACCAGCUACGAACUCCGCUACUUCCAGAUUAACGCCGGGGAGGACGACGACAGCGGUGACGAGGACUAGGUCAUGUGACAGUCACCUGAUAGUCCUGUGAUCUCAUCUGCUGUGUUGUAUUAUACAGAUGAUGAAAUAAUUUCGAUAUUUUCUUAUCUCUAGCGUAUGGUCUUCAGUGCUAUAGCUAGUGUGUGCGUGGUCUGUGUGCGUGGUCUGUUUUUGGUCUCAUCUGGUCUGUAUUGGUCGUUUCUUGCGGUCUGUGGUCCCUCCACCUCGUGUCUUGCCAGGGAGCGCGGUGGAGGGGGGAGGGUGAGAGGGGGAGGGGUGGGAGGAGUCCACAGAUUGAGCCAGCUUCCUUGUCUGUUCACGUCUUGUUAUAGAUCUCUGGACUUUAGCUCUCAGUUCUUCCUGAGACAGUGGACUGUCGCCAUAGUCUGACUCAGCAUCACUCUCAUAGUCUCCUCUGCAUAGAGAUGUACACAGGGGGGGUGGAGACUUUAGAAGAGAUGACUGGGAAAUGAAGGAGGUAGGGUACAGGUAGGUAUAUAGAGUAGAUAGAAGAAGGGCAAGAAGAGGAGUGUAUUGGGUGGGU